ACAAACAUGGGAUUGGCUGACACAAGAAAAAGUGCUCAAGCAAUUAAAUACUGUUAAGGAAGAUCUAGACAGAGUUGGGGACUGGGCGUGCAAGUGGCAGAUGAGGUUCAAUAUAGAGAAAUGCAAAGUUAUGCAUUAUGGUAAAAAUAAUAAAAAUGCAACCUAUUCUUUAAAUGGAAUAUCCUUGGGGGAAACUACCAAUGAGAAGGAUUUAGGAAUAACGGUUGACAACAGACUUGACAACAGUGCGCAAUGCCAGCAAGCAGCUGCGAGGGCCAAUAAGGUUUUAGCAUGCAUAAAAAGAGGUAUUGAUUCAAGGGAGGAGGAUAUCAUCUUGCCUCUGUACAGGUCAUUGGUAAGACCUCACCUUGAAUAUGCGGUACAAUUCUGGGCACCGGUCCUUAAAAAGGACAUUAUGGAAUUAGAAAAAGUGCAAAGGAGGGCUACAAAAUUAAUAAGGGGAUUGGGAGAUACCAGUUAUGAAGAGAGACUAAAAAAGUUAAAAUUAUAUACACUGGAAAAACGGCGUCUCAGAGGGGAUAUGAUAACAUUAUAUAAAUACAUGCAGGGCCAAUAUAAAGAGCUCUUCAGUGACCUGUUCAUUAACAGAAAUAUACAAAGAACAAGAGGUCACCCUCUGAGACUGGAAGAGCGCAGAUUUCAUAGACGACAAAGGAAGGGAUUCUUCACAGUGAGGACAAUUAAGGUAUGGAAUUCACUUCCAAGGGAGGUAGUGUUAUCCAAUACAUUAGAUACCUUCAAAAGGGGCCUCGAUAUUUUCUUAGAAAGGCACGAUAUACAGGGAUAUAAAUAGAAUAAUAUUAAUAUUUUAGAGCUUCUUGAUCCAAGGAGAAAUCCGAUUGCCUCUUGGAGUCAAGAAGGAAUUUUUUCCCCUGAUGGCAGAAUUCGAAGUAGCUUAAUUAGGGUUUUUUUGCCUUCUUUUGGAUCAAGAAUA